GAAAGUGAAAGAUCGUGCUCCUGUAGAAAUGUGGCUUGACAGGUUGAAGAUCUUGGUCCUUGUGGUGGGAGCAUGGGCUCAACAAGAAAUCGAUCUAGAGGUAUUCUGCAGUAUUCCCGAUCAAAUUGACGAUGGCGUUUGCGUUGAUCCCAGCGAUUGUGCCCGUCUGGAUGUCAGCUCUUACUCAGCUUUGCAGUGCGGUGUAAACAGCAUCUGUUGCGAUCGGAGAACCAACCAUCGUAAUCCCCAGCUUUACACUGACGAGGACUACGGAUGUGGGACUGUGUCUUAUGCAGGAAAAAUUCAUGGAGGUGAAAUCGCAGGCAUUGACGAGUUUCCGUGGGCAGCGCUUCUUUUGUACAAGGAUGAUGUACCUAGAUGUGGAGGAGCUCUGAUCAGCAGUAGCUACGUCAUUAGUGCAGCUCACUGCUUGACCGGACCCGGCUACAACCGACAUGGUCCACUGAAGUUUGUCCGGUUACGCGAGUACGACUUAAAUAACGAUAUCGACUGUUUGAUAUCUGAAGACGAGUACGAAGAUUGUUCGGAGGAAAAGCUAGAUGUCCCUCCUCAACGGGUUAUAACCCAUCCGGAUUACGACGCAAACAGCAGCCAGCAACAUCACGACAUCGGGUUGAUCGAAAUUCAGCUCACCGAAGCGUACUCCGACUUUCUAAGUCCGAUUUGUCUUCCAACAAGUUGGAAGAAUGCAGGUCAUCAACUGGGAAAAAUGCUCACCGUGACGGGUUGGGGCAGGACCGACCACUUCCAAUCCUUGUUCGGAGAAAUAUCCAGUCCAAUCAAGAUGAAGGCCUCACUACCCUUCGUAGGGCGUACUCGUUGCGCAAAAGCGUACAAUUUGCAAGAACUUGAGCUGAUACCCGGACAGAUUUGUGCCGGUGGUCGGAGGGACAAAGACUCGUGCGCUGGAGACAGUGGAUCACCCCUGAUGUACUUCGACAGACGAGCCAGCGCUUGGAGGCUCAGUGGAAUUGUCAGCCGAGGUCCGUCCGUUUGUGGCAAGAGCGAUCUGCCGGGGAUCUAUACUAAUGUGGUCAAGUAUUUGCGCUGGAUUAGGAAAAUUACGGGACUGUGACGGCAGAGGCAGCUAAGCGUCCAAUAAAGUACAAAUA